AUGGAAAUCAUCAGUACAACAAGUUCUCAACGACAUUUAUGGCAGAUGACGGCACGCAAUUGGACGCGAGCAACAGCAUCCGUUGCCAUCAGUGCUCAAGGGGCUUUCUUCACACCUAUCAAGAGCCCAGGAAGGCGGAAAGCCUGCAGGCAAUGUGCUCGGUCCAAGCUGAGGUGCGAUCUAAGCAGGCCUCGUUGUGGCUCCUGUCAAGAUCGUUCCAUAUCUUGCGAGUUUUUGGGUCUGUCGCGAUCGAUAAGUUCGAGGGCGAUUGAUUCCGCUAGCUCAUCAUCUACCUCAACGACCACCGACCAGUCUUUCGUCCAUUCUAUUCAAUCGUUUGCGACACAACGACAGCGCGAGCUCACCAGCUCUAUUCCUGCUACGAUCGGGUGCGGCAGCGAGACUACACACGUUGUGCAUCUUACGAUUCGAAUUCUCAGAUCUUGGGCUCGGCAAGUAGCGAUCUAUAGACUCGAGCAGUUGCCCCCGAUGAUCCAUUCUGUGCAGCUCGAGCAUGGCACGCCGUGGCCUUUGAGAAACUGCUGUCUAUUAGCAGCGAUGUGGGCGGAUUCCGGGGACGAGGGAGGCGAACUGGUGUCCGAUUGCGUGUUGCGGGAGAUUGAGAGACUACUGACAGAAUGCUUCACAGUUUGCAAGUUACGAAAAGCAUAUGUUAUUGGCGGCUGCACAAUCUCUGCUCUUCCUGCUAACCAUAGCGCUGUUUGGCCUCGAUCCCAGCCUUGCCCUUCCUCCAUUUCAGGCUGUGAAGCUGAUCACGAGUGUUUGGGAGGUGAAAACGCAGCUUGCCGCAACGAAUCUAUGUCUAGCAGAGGAACAGAACAAUCGUGUGCCUUCGUGGUCGGAAUGGUCGAUAGUGUCGGCGAAGCGACGAACAUUGCUUGCAUUGAAUCAACUCGAAUGGGCAUGGUCGCUACUUCACGGGUACCCCGAGCUCUCAUGCCUAGAACUUGGUCCACUCCCUGCGCCGUCCGCCAAACACAUCUGGCAGGCGCCCAACGAGCGAGUAUGGGAGCAGCUUUAUCGUCGUUGGCUCCCGGGUUGGGAGGACGGACUCUUCGUGCUAUCGGAGCUAUUUAUCGACCGUCCUCGGGAGCCUCUUAG